GCGCCUCGGCUCUCAGGCUGAGACAGUAAUACAGAGGGAACUAACAGAGCUGAGAGGAACCGGCACUGUGGAAAUAAAUCAUGGUGAACACGAGAAAAAGCUCCCAGCUUCAGCCAUGCAGUUCAGUCAUCUCUACUCGGACCAGGUCUUCUCUGAGAAACAGUACAAGCCUACAAGAACAGAAAAAUAAGGAUCCCAACAGUGAUGUCAGCUCUGGUAGCCCCCAUUUGUCCCCUCCAUCUAAGCGAACGCGAAGGCAUACAACACCUAGUUCCAGUGACACUUCCCCAAGUCCCCAGAGCAAAGGGCAGAGAGUCACAUGGAACAUUUCCAAAAACUGCACCAGGUUAUCCACUAGGUCAUUGCAAAAUGGACACAGUCGCAGGUCUCUGCGGGGAGAUGACAGUACAGAUGGUGAUGAUGCUCGCAUGAAUGGCCAUGUUGAGUUGAAGAGGAGCUGUCGCUCCAGAAAGAGCCGCUUCCAGCACCUUAAUCAGAGUCUACUGUUUGAUCAGCUAGUCAACAGUACGGCAGAGGCAGUGCUUCAAGAAAUGGACAACAUCAGCAGCAUACGGCAAAAUCGGGAAGUUGAGCGACUUCGAAUGUGGACAGACACAGAACUGGAAAACAUGGACAUGUACUCGCGUGUCAAGAGGCGGAAAUCGAUGAGGAGAAACACAUUCGCAAUGCAGGCCCACCAUAAAGGCAUCAACAAGUCCGAUGCUCCAGAGGAAGAGCGGGAGGAGGAUGAAGAUACGGAUGAAUCGCAUGAGGUAGGGGACGAGGAUGAUGAAGGGGAGGACGAAGAUGACGAAGGAGAUGAAGCCGAGGAAGCGGGAGAGGAGAAUGACAGACCUUACAACCUCAGGCAGCGCAAAACUGUGCAGCGUUACGAAGCACCACCCAUAGAGCCAGUGAACAGAAAACAAAGCAAGAACACAUUGUUUGACACGCACAGGUCCCCUGCAAGAAGAAGCCAUAUAAGAAUAAAGAAGCAUGCCCUCCACAGUAGCGAUACAACGUCCUCAUCAGACGAGGAACGUUUUGAACGGAGGAAAAGCAAAAGCAUGACACGUGCUCGGAACAGAUGUCUGCCUAUGAACUUGCGAGCAGAGGAUCUGGCCAGUGGUGUGCUUCGUGAUCGAGUAAAAGUUGGUGCUAGUCUAGCUGACGUGGACCCUAUGAAUCUGGACACCUCUGUGAAAUUUGACCGGGUUGGAGGCCUUACAGAGCAUAUUAAGUCUCUCAAAGAGAUGGUCGUCUUUCCUCUGCUCUACCCUGAAGUGUUUGAAAAGUUUAAGAUUCAGCCUCCAAGGGGUUGCCUGUUCUACGGGCCCCCUGGAACAGGGAAGACUCUGAUGGCGAGAGCGCUGGCUAAUGAGUGCAGUCAGGGGGACAAAAAGGUGUCCUUCUUCAUGCGCAAGGGAGCCGACUGCCUUAGCAAAUGGGUUGGAGAGUCCGAGCGACAGCUUCGCCUUCUCUUCGACCAGGCAUACCUCAUGAGACCCUCUAUCAUCUUUUUUGAUGAGAUUGAUGGCCUUGCACCUGUUCGUUCUAGCCGACAGGAUCAGAUUCACAGCUCUAUAGUUUCUACGUUGCUGGCUUUAAUGGAUGGUUUGGACAGUCGAGGGGAGAUAGUGGUCAUUGGUGCUACAAACAGACUUGACUCUAUCGACCCUGCACUCAGGAGGCCUGGCCGUUUUGACCGGGAGUUUUUGUUCAGCCUGCCAGAUAAAAAGACUCGAAAGCACAUUUUAGAAAUCCACACCAGAGACUGGAACCCAAAGCUUUCUGAGCCCUUUGUGGAGGAGUUGGCAGAAAAAUGUGUUGGAUACUGUGGUGCUGAUGUCAAAGCACUUUGCACGGAGGCUGCACUGGCUGCGUUGCGGCGGCGCUAUCCUCAGAUAUACGGCAGCAGUCAGCGCUACAAACUGGAUGUGGGCUCCAUCGAGCUGGGACCGCAAGACUUCGGCCGCGCUCUGCGCACCAUCGUUCCCGCGGCUCAGAGAGCUCUGGCUCCUCCAGGCAGGGCUCUGUCAAGCACACUGCGACCUCUGCUGGAGAAAUCAAUGGCUCACACGUUAACCUGUCUGCUCCGAGUCUUCCCCCAUGCAGAGCUCCCACACAGGGAACACCUUCACGACUCUGACAAUCAUCUGCUUGAGGAAGACUCGUAUAGCGAGGGUGAAGAUGGUGUCGGUGCUCAGUCCAUCUACCACGUUCAGCCAGGAUCCCCCAAAAUAUCUCACUCCUCUACAGUACACAAGCCCUUUCUUAAUUUUACCACUUCUGCCUAUCAGCAGCCAACCUCAUACAGGCCACGGCUGUUACUAACAGGGCCUCAGGGUUCAGGUCAGAGCACACACCUGGCUCCUGCUCUGCUGCAUCACCUCAACAAGUUCACAGUGCACCGCCUCGACCUGCCCACUCUCUACUCUGUCAGUGCCAAGACCCCAGAGGAGUCCUGCGCUCAGGUGUUCCGGGAAGCGCAGCGGCGCGUGCCCAGUGUAAUAUACAUGCCACACAUCGGUGACUGGUGGGAAGCCAUCGGAGAAACGCUGAAGAGUACCUUCUUUACACUGCUACAGGAUGUUCCAUCUUUCACCCCACUUCUUAUCCUUGCCACAGCCGAAAGCACCUACCAGCUGCUUCCUGAUGAGGUGAAAUGUAUAUUCAGUCUGACCCACGGGGAGGUGGUGUGUCUAGUGACGCCAGGUGAGGAGGACCGCAGGAAGUUUUUCAAUGAUCUCAUACUGGUGCAGGUGGCCAGGCCACCACUCCGCCCAAGAAAGAAAGCGUGUGAACUAGAGGUGCUACCACUGGUGGAGGAUCCUGGCCCCCGGCAACUUUCUCCAGAGGAGCAGAAGCGUCUUGAAGAGCAGGAGGACAACACCUUGCGAGAGCUCCGACUCUUUCUCAGGGACGUCACCAAGCGGCUGGCUACUGACAAGCGCUUUCAGGUCUUUAGCAAGCCUGUAGACAUUGAAGAGGUAUCAGAUUAUCUUGAGGUCAUCAAAGAGCCUAUGGAUUUGUCUGCCAUCAUGGCAAAGAUCGACACUCACAAGUACAUAACUGCAAAAGACUUUAUGAAGGACGUCGACCUCAUCUGCAGUAAUGCGUUGGAGUACAAUCCAGACAAGGAUCCAGGAGAUAAGGUAAUCCGACACAGGGCAUGCAGUCUAAAAGACACGGCUCAUGCGAUGAUUGCCUCUGAGUUGGACCUGGAGUUUGACCGCAUGUGUGAGGAAAUCAAAGAGUCUUGCAGAAAAAAAGAGCCUCAGGCAUCACUGCAGCAGGCUGCCACUCCAACUUCAGUCACGGGCAGAAAGCCUGGGGGAGACGAGACCACUAGCAGCACCUGUCAGACUGAUGCAGUGGACAAGCAACACAGCAACAGCAUAAAGCGUAAAUCUCGGCGGCGAUCGGUUUGGGAGCGAGGAAUCAUCCGGAAGAAGAAGAGCAGCAAGAAAGAGGAAGCAGAGGAUGAUGACGAGCCCGAGGAAGAGGAAGGUGCUGACGACACCGCCCCUACUAACCAGGUUAACGCCAGUCUGAAUCAAGACGAGUCCUCCUCUGACACUAUGGAACCCCAAACCGAUAAAGUCCUCUCCCAGCCCAACGGGUACGCUCUGAGCACAGAAGAGGAGGAGAAUUCCAGCGAAGCCACAACAACUAAAGAGCCUCAGUGCCAAGAUACAUCCGAGACAAACGCCUGUGAUAAGGCCUCAGCAGAGGUGGACGCAGAGGCAGCUGCGCUCUCUGAUCGACAAGGGUGCAUGAACGGAGACGAGUCCAUGGACAGCAUAGAGAGUGAAGCCAAUGAUAAGGAAUCGGGGCGAGAUGAGAAAGAGGAAGAGAAGAAAACUUCGGUUCAGGUGGCUGCACAGACUGCUUCUGGUGAUGCUGUCCAAGAAUGUGGAGCAGUGGAGGGCACGUCUGCAGCAGAGGGUGCCACUAGUGACGGAGAUCAUGAAAAAGAAGGUACCUUCAAAGAGAUGAAGUGUAGGAGAAGCCAAACUGAGCAGCAGAAGGAGGUUCUAGCAGAGCGACCGGAGGACCCCCCACAGCCCCCGCCUCCUCCUGCUUUAGUUGUAGACCAUCCCCGACUUGAGGCCCUUCUGAAUCAGAUUGUGGAAAAGACUGAGGCCUACAGCGUGGAUCAGCUGGAAAGACUUUACUCUGUGCUCAGCCAGUGCAUCUACCAGCACCGCAGGGAUUACGACAAGACCCAGCUGACCGAGGAACUGGAAAGACAAGUACUUCAUUUCAAUACAUUUCUGUGAUGAAGCAAGGCGAUGUGAUCAGAGACUCCUGUGUUGCAUAAAGGAGAUCAAUCUCAAGAACCAAGCUGAGCAGGUUUGCUAUUAAACUAGAAUGGACAGAAGGAGGUAAAAGAGACUUACAAAGACUUUGAGUGGCAACCUUGGUGCUAUCGUCUCAGGUACCUGGACAGAACCAGUCUACAGAACCAAACACAAGUCAAGACUCAUAGGUUUCAUUUUUUUUUUUUAACAAACAUAUAUGCCAGUUUCGAAUGGCCGUUCCUGGUGCUACUGGGUGCUAUUGUUUAUCUGUUUGCUGCUCCUUCGGUUUCUUUAAAAAGUGAAAAAAUGUAACAUGGGAGGAGGGUAAAAGGAGAUUGUGAUGUCACUAAAAAACCUCAGCUUUGUCCAGCAUUCAUCAGGAGGAGACAAGUCACUACCACACAGGCACAAAUUCACACCAGCACGUGUUAAACCCGAAGUGAAUGAGGUGUAAUGCCAAGAGGUCAGGUUAGGUUGUCAAGGCAACGAACUGCAGCAUUUCCCCCUUGUGUUAUGUGCCGUUUUUACCAGUAAGCGUUUUAAUGUAAGCAGCAACACUCCUGCCGAAAAGAACACUUUUUCUAGCAAGAUUACUGACACGACUGUAAGCAUUUUGUACCUGAUGCAUUCUAAACCCUUUGUAGAAAACAUCAAGUGGCAUAUUAUUAACAACAUUCCCCAAAAAGUUUGAUUACAACAUGCAACGAUCAACCCUGUGAUCAUAUUUGUAUUUAGAAAUAAGAGUGUUAUUGGUUUUUGAACAACUCUGUCAGAGGUUUUUAU